AUGACGUCUGGAGAAAGUGAAACGGUUAAGAAGCCCAGAAGAAGGUUUGUUGGCACCAAAAGUGGCGAAAGCGUCAGCACUAUAAAAAACGAGCAAGGCAACGAAAUUGUGGCGAAACCCAGAGCGAGGACUAAUGUGAGACGUGCUAUCAACCAAAUCCCAGAUGAGAUCUUGCAUGAUGAAGCUUUGAAUGAAGCCAUCAAAUUGCUGCCGUCAAACUACAAUUUCGAAAUCCAUAAGACCGUGUGGAAUAUUAAAAAACAUAAUGCGACGAGAGUCGCUCUUCAGAUGCCAGAAGGGCUUUUGAUUUAUGCUCUAGUGAUAAGCGACAUUCUAGAACAGUUUUGCAACUGCGAAAGCGUGGUUAUGGGCGAUGUUUCUUACGGUGCAUGCUGUAUCGACGAUUUUACGGCCAGGUCUUUGGACUGCGACUUCAUCGUGCACUAUGCCCACUCCUGUCUCGUUCCCAUCGAUCUCACACAAAUCAAGAUCCUGUAUGUUUUUGUGACCAUUAAUAUCGAUGAAACUCAUCUCAUCAAGACCCUGCAAAAAAACUUCGCUAGUGGCUCAAGGAUAGCCACGUUUGGUACCAUUCAGUUCAAUCCAACAAUUCACAGCAUCAAAGAAAAGCUUUUAAAUGCCGACAACGUUCUUUACGUCAUUCCACCUCAAAUAAAGCCCUUGUCAAGAGGAGAGGUCCUUGGCUGCACUUCCCAAAGGUUGGAAAAGGACCAGAUCGAUGCAAUGGUCUACAUAGGAGAUGGAAGAUUUCAUCUGGAAAGUGCAAUGAUUCACAACCCGGAAAUACCUGCUUAUCGCUACGAUCCUUAUAGCCGGAAAUUUACCAUAGAGAGGUACGACCAGAAACAGCUGGUGCAAGUGAGAACCGAUGCUCUUAAUAUCGCUAAGAAGGGCAAAACUUUUGGAUUGAUUUUAGGCGCUUUGGGUCGUCAAGGAAAUUUGGCGACGGUGAACAAUCUUGAGCAAAAACUGAAAGCAGCGGGUAAGACGGUGUGCAGAAUUAUCUUGAGUGAGAUUUUCCCCCAAAAACUGGCCAUGUUUGAUGACAUUGACGUUUUUGUUCAAGUGGCAUGUCCAAGGCUAUCGAUAGAUUGGGGAUAUGCAUUUAAUAAACCACUUCUCACACCCUAUGAGGCCAAUGUCCUACUAAAGCAGGACCGUAUGUUUAGUGAGGAAUACUACCCUAUGGACUACUACGAGGCAAAUGGCUAUGGUCGCGGUAAAAUUCCGUCUCAUUAG